AUGUUUAUCGUUGGAAUUGAUGGGAGGGUUAUUGAAGAAGGGGAUGAGCAUGACUUAGGAAUUCCAAAUCAGGACGAUUAUGAGUUGUUGGAUGAAAGGUAUAUGGUGAAGACUAAGCCAAAGGGUCGGAAGAAGCGGAGCGGCAGGCAGGUGUACGAAGUAGUUGGAAUUGCGUUUGGCGAAGUAGUGGGGUUGAUAAGAGAGGAACUGUCGCGCUCCCAAGGAGUUUGA